GGUCAAGAAAUGUGAAAGGAUCAAUAAAAGUUGUCAAGAAAACAAUUAAGAUGGAAUAUAUUUUGAUCUUUGGUUUUGUUUCGACACUGUUGUUGAUCAUUAAGACUGAUGCUACUAGGGUUCAUGGAGUUAAAAGAAUUGACAUAAACCAAGAAGCUGGUUUUGAUGAGAACUAUGUGGUUACAUGGGGACAAGAUCACGUCUUCAAAUCCUACCAAGGCAAAGAAGUUCAGCUCUCCAUGGAUUAUUCUUCAGGUUCUGGCUUUGAGUCCAAAAACCACUACGGUUCAGGACUUUUCCAAAUGAGAAUCAAAGUGUUUGGAAACAAUUCUGCUGGUGUUGUCACUGCCUUUUACUUGACUUCUAAAGGAGACACCCAAGACGAGGUUGACUUUGAGUUCUUGGGGAACAUAGAAGGCAAACCAAUAACAUUACAGACAAAUGUGUACACUGAAGGCAAAGGAAAUAGAGAACAAAGGUUUUCUCUUUGGUUCGAUCCAACUACUGAUUUCCACACUUAUGGCAUUCUUUGGAAUCCAUAUCAUAUCGUGUUUUACGUGGAUAAUAUCCCAAUAAGAGUGUUCAAUAACAAUACAAGCACUGGCAUGAGCUAUCCAUCAAAGCCUAUGCAAGUGGUGAGUAGUUUGUGGAACGGAGAAAAUUGGGCAACAGAUGGUGGCAAAACCAAGAUUAAUUGGGCCUAUGCUCCAUUUAAGGCCAAUUUUCAAGGUUUCUCCGACUCCGGUUGUCAUGUCGAUGAUCUGAGUAACAAUUCCAAAGCUUGUGGUUCAUCAAUGUAUUGGUGGAACACCAUGAAGUAUAAUUGUCUUAGCAUCUACGAGCAGAAAGUCUACAAGAAUGUUAGAGAGAAAUAUAUGAACUAUGACUAUUGUUCUGAUCAAGCUAGAUUUCCUAUUUUUCCUAAUGAAUGUCGAUAUAAUGAAAUAUAA